CGCCCGCCCUCCACUGCUAGUUAGGAGCUCGCCGUUCCGGCGCUCGACUCCCGCUUUCCGGGUUCUCAGCGCCCCGCGGGCCGCUGUGUGCCCCAUGGCGGCUGGGGCUGGGCCAGUGGAGCUGGGCUUCGACCGCGGCCUCUUCCUCUUCUGCUGCCGCGAGCCGCCGUGCUGCGCCGGCCUGCGAGUUUUUAGAAACCAGCUACCCAGGAAAAAUGACUUUUAUUCAUAUGAGCCACCUUCGGAGAAUCCUCCCUCAGAAACAAGAGAGUCUGUGUCUCUCCAGCUGAAGUCUGGUGCUCAUCUCUGCAGGGUGUGUGGCUGUUUAGGCCCCAAAACCUGCUCCCGAUGCCACAGGGCACAUUAUUGUGGGAAGGACCAUCAGACUCUAGACUGGAGAUUGGGACAUAAACAGACCUGUUCGCAGCAAGAUAAAUUGGACCAUACAGCUCCAGACCACAACUUCCUUUUUCCAGAGUUUGAAAUUGUAAUAGAAGAUGAGAUUGUGCCUGAAAUCAUAGGAAAGGAAGAUGACUCAGAGGUUAUAGAGAGCAUGGGUGGAGCACUAGAGAAGGAACUGGAUUCCAUGGCAAAACAAGAGUCCAGGGAAGAUAAAAUUUUCCAGAAGUUUAAAACUCGGAUAGCCCUCGAGCCAGAACAGGUUCUCAGAUAUGGCAGAGGGAUUGCCCCCAUCUGGAUUUCUGGUGAAAAUAUCCCUCAAGAAGAUAAUAUUCCAGAUUGUCCCUGCGGUGCCAAGAGAAUAUUUGAAUUCCAGGUCAUGCCUCAGCUGCUGGCUGACAGCCUGGGCAGGAGUGUUGACUGGGGCACCCUGGCGGUCUUCACAUGUGCUGACAGCUGUAGCCUGGGCACUGGCUACACGGAGGAAUUUGUGUGGAAGCAGGAUGUAACAGAUGUACCGUAAAGACAUCUUAAAGCCUCAAAAAAAGUCACUGUGUAUCUUGCAGUUCCAUUUAAGGGAAUCAUUACAACAGAUACGGGGGUAUAAAAUGCUUCUUGAGGUAUGGGUCACAAUAUCUAAUUAGUAAAACAAAAAUGCCCAGUGAUAGGGAAUUAUUAAAUUUUAUUGCACACACAGUGGAAGGCUACACAGACAUGAUUGUACACACCUAUGUGGACACUAAAUAAGAUGAAUUUGACUUGACCAGGAUACCAUUGUGGGUAGUAUUCAUGAUGUGACCAUUGCUUUGUAAAAAUAUUUAUGAAUGUUUAUGAGUAUGAAAAUAAACCUGGAAAGAUGUGUGAACUA